AUGGCGCAAUCAGCAGCGCCCAACAACCCUUUCAUCAAGCAACUAGUCCACAAUGUCCGCGACAAAGCCGUAGCCUCCCUACGCACAUUCCUCUCCCGCAGCACACCCUUCAGCUCCCUCGACUUUCUAAAACUCUGGAAAGGCCUCUUCUACUGCAUGUGGUCCUGCGACAAACCCGCCCCUCAACGCCGUCUCGCCCUCGAUCUCUCCGCUUUGGUAUCUCUCCUCAGCACCCGUCAAAACUUCAUCGGUUUCACACGCGCAUUCUGGCAAACCAUUGCCCGCGAAUACCCAGGCAUCGACUCUUUACGCAUGGACAAGUUCUUGUUUAUGAUCAGAAGCUAUGUCAAUGCAGGCUUUGCCUACUGCGCCAAAAACAACUGGAAAGAUGUGGAAACUAGAAAAGAGUAUUUGGAUUUGUUGAAGGAAAUUCCGUUGAACCCUAGGGAUCCAAAGGUGCCGAAUGGAUUGAAGUAUCACGUUAUUGAUGUCUAUGUUGAUGAGUUGGAGAAGGUCGGGGAUGACAAGGCGCCGUAUGAAGAGUUGAUGGCUCCGUUGGUCGAGUUGGGAGAGAAGGCUGUGCUCAAGAGUGUGAGGAAGAAGGUUGAAGAGGCUCUGGAUGAUGAUAGAGCAAAGGAGUGGUUGGGUAUCGAAGAUGAUGAGGAGUUGAGUGAGGCUGAGGAAGAGCUUGACGACGAGGAAGAUGAGGAUGAAGAGUUCGGCGGCUUUGAUGAUUGA